ACGGCCGAGCUUACCUCACCAAUGCCGUUGGACAACGGCGAUCAACGGGUUCACAUAGCGACGCUACGGUGAUGUCUCGUGCCUGUCGCGCGAUACGACACGGAAACGACAGAGUUGAAAUAAUCAGCAACGUUACCGAGUCGCAGUGGAUCAGCAGCAGCAACAGAGCGUCGUCGGCGCUGCCGUAUAAUAAUCACUACUACAAUUGCCAGCGUGCCAGCACCGCGGUGUUCGUCAACCACGACCACGAGGAUCAUCUGAUGAUAGUAAAGCGGAUUCAGACGAGGGUGAAUGAUGCAGGUGCAAGCGACGAGGAAGCGCGCGAUUUUCUUCACGAUCGCCAGACUGGACUACAUUGUCGCGCGUGACCAAGAGCCACGUUAUUACUCAUCGAGUCGAUGACGACGCUAUUACUACACAGCGCGCGACUACACGCAGUGCGAUUCUCUUGGUGCAAUCGAGUAACGACCGAUAGUAAAGUCAAUCGGUGCUAAAAUUACGCUUUAUACAACAGUCAUUCUCUCUCUCCGCGCGAUCGAUCGUCAUCGCGCCGGUAUUACGGGGAAAACAGUGUUACAACCGAGCACAUAGGAACUCGUGUCACGUACGGUCAUCGGCCAGUGUACACACCGGGCGUAAAAGGGUAGGGGAGGGGGUGGACCAGGGGUAUACAGAAGCGACAAAGAGAGAGAGAGAGAGAGAGAGAGAAAGGCAGGCAAGAAGGAGGAACCAGGGUAUAUCGCCGUCGAUCCAGAUAAGCCGCGUAGCGUGAUAACGUACGGACACGAACGCGCUUCACCGCGUCGGCCAAGCCUGUGUGACAGACUGUAAACAGAAAAAGUUUUUUUUGUUAAGAAGUAAACAAGAAAGUAGAGUGAAAACACACACACAUACUCGGAGCUGGAGGAAAGAAAAAAAAAAGAAACCGUAGUCGGGCCGUUUUCGAAAUAUUUGAAUUUAGCUUCUGAUUCGCGCGUAAAACCGUACCGUCGCGGAUCACUCGACACGUAUCACAUUCUCUUAUAUAUAACAUACGUACCGUAUUAUUAUUAUAUAUAUAUAUAUAUCUAUAUAUAUGCAUGCAUGCACACACAUGUAUCCCGCGUUCGUAUAUUGUACGUGAUAGAGACGCACAGAACGAACAAACACCGAGAGAUAGAGAGAAAGAGAAAGAAAGAGAGAGAAAGAGAAAAGAAAAAAAGAGGGGAAAAAGAGGACAGAGGAAAAAAGGGACUAUUAGUGUACGAGGAGGAAUAAAAGGAAGAGUCUGUACAUAUACACGAGAGAGAGAGAGUGCAUCCGCGCGAGCCGGCGUGUUUCAUCGUAAAGAGCGCAGCAUCACACUUUUUCGUACAUCUCCGGAUCUCCGCGUGCCACGUCGAGUGCGCCCCUUGACCGAUUGAAGACAACUCGGGGAAUAUUCAGGUGAUCACAAGCCCGGAGGAGAUACAUCUUUCUCUAUCUUGUUCGACCAUGUCGCUACUCAGCGUGACAGUGAAGAAGGCGCGGUUCGUCUGCGAGGAUGCGGAGCAGUUCAACUCCUACGUAACACUGAAGCUGCAGAAUGUAAAGUCGACGACAGUCACUGUGAAAGGGGCCAAUCCAUGCUGGGAACAAGACUUCCUCUUCGAAACGAAUGACAUGAACGCCGGGCUUGUGAUAGAAGUGUGGUGCAAGGGAUUCUUGUGGGAUCGCUUUCUGGGCUACUACUAUAUCCCACUGUCGCAAGUGUCCUACAUGAACGAGGUAACGAGAAAUCAGUGCACCUUAAGCGAGAACCCCGAACAACACGUACCGUCCUCCGAUAUGCGUGACACCAACAGCAACACACAGCAAGACAGUAUUACUGACACGGAGACUAGCGGACAGUGGGUGAAUCUGGGCCUGGAACUGGAACAGAGAGGCAACGAGAUCAUCGGCGUGAAAAAACCGACGGGCCAUUCGCUCUUGAUCGACUGCCGGCUGGAACUGCCGUUCGACCCCGAGAACACGGAAGCGGCCGAUCUGCAGAGGAAGCUGGAAAUGCUGAACAACAUGAUGGACCAGGAGGCGCGGGCCGAACAGGCACGAAGGCAGAUAUUGUACAAUAUAGGCCACUCGGGCUACUCGGAGGAUUCUGACUACACGUCGGACUUGAAUUAUCCAGUAGGUGGACAGGGUGCGAACAGCUCGGCCUCGCAGUUUCGCACGGCGGCCAACCAAUUGGCCACACCUCAAAGAUCGCUCGAGACGUCGAGAGAGAAUAGUUACGAGAGAGACGAUCAUCAGAUUCCAGUCACCGUCGCAGGAAGACUGGCACCUGGUAAUUACGGAAGUUACGGAGGUUCAAUCCAUGGUCCGAGGUACGACGAGCCGUACCCGGAGGACGGUUUAUCGCAGAGAUACUUGCAGACCCAGCAGCACCCUUCAGAGUCUUCCGAGCCGCUCUUCUACAACAGUAGACCAAAGCACUAUAAGGAGUACAGACGACGGAAGCACACGUGGGAUUACGAGGACAGCCAAGACGGCUGGCACAGCGAGGGUUAUGAUUAUCACAGCACGAGGAUCGACGACACGAGAAUUUAUAGCGAUACCGAAUAUUAUUCAAACAACUCGACGACCACUACAAAAAGACGGACGGGAAAAGUUCCGUACAGAAGACCCUCUCUGGAAAGGCAGAUGACCUUAUAUGACGAUCACUCGUAUUACACUGAUGGAUACGCCAGCGACGGCAGGGUGGGUAAAAUGAGCGCCACGUACCCGGAAUGCGAGACGGAUAUUAGAUAUAACGAAUACUACGACACCAGAACGGGUUACGUUUACCAAGAUGAGAGAUACGGUCAGGACGACGAAGACAGACAGUGGGACAGCGGAGGGUACUUGGGAACAAAUACGUACUACGAAAACAAACGAAAGACCCUUCCGCAAAGACCAGCUUCGAGCAUCGGUAUACACCGGCCGGAUUACAGACCCACUGUUACCAGACAACGUAGUUACGAAUCGGAAGAACUCGAUUACAAUGGAUACAAUAGUCGUCGCCGGAAGGUCUUACAGCCGCAGCAACGUCCGACGUCUCGACAGGAAGGCGGCACCGGUAAGAAACUACCUCCGACCCCGACCAAGCCAAGCAACGUGGUGAUCAAUCGUAAGCUCGUCGUUUCUCUGCCCCCCACGCCGAGCAGACAACUGCCAAAGACUAGAACGCCCUCCGAGGAGAGCUAUUACAACAAGUCUGACUACAACGAGGACUAUAAUUACGCUUACCGUAGUCAGGACAAUCUGCCGCAAGACACGUACACGGACAACAUUUACAGUCAACAGCAGAGUGGCCAGGUGGAUCAAAUCGUGCCCAACAAAACUCGAUAUCCCGAGACGAAUCAGGAUAAUCAAUACGGUUAUACGACGCAGGUCGACGGCCAGUAUUCCUAUCCGGAGCAGAACAGCUACGAACAAACGGCGUACACGCAGCAAAACUCAUACGAGUACCAGCAACCAUACGCGCAGCAGAACACCCAAGUGUAUCAGGCGUCGUACAUCGGAGACACGACAUAUCCGAUCGCGAACACGACAUAUCCGACCGCCAGCCAGGCAAACGACCAUCAAUACAUCAAUCAAGCGAAGAAUCAGUACGAUAAACAGGACGGUAUGAUAAUUGAGGACAAUUAUCAAGAGAUGGGCUUUAAUCAGAACAACGUUCAGUACGAGCAGCAGGAUUACAAGCAGCAGGAUUACAAGCAGCAGGAUUACAAGCAGCAGGAUUACAAGCAGCAGGAUUACAAGCAACAGGAUUACAAGCAGCAGGAUUACAAGCAGCAGGAUUAUAAGCAACAGGAUUACAAGCAACAGGAUUACAAGCAACAGGAUUACAAGCAACAGGACGCUUAUCAAGAGCAAUACGACAAUUACGGCGUCACCAACGUGCCCGCCAGCGUCUACGAUCAGAAUAACGUGACGAACACCUACAAUCAAUAUCAGACGGAGCAGUACGACUCUCAGUACAAUAUCAACACGUCGACCGAUUAUCAGAACACUUAUCAAGAGACGUAUAAUCAAGUGCCUGUUACGUCGCAGGAUAACUAUCAGGAAUCCUAUGCGAAGCAGCCGCAGGAAAAUUUCGUAGAUUAUCAAACGCCGUAUAGUAAGCAGCAAGACGUGCCUACGACGUACAAGAAUAAUUACCAGGAGUCCUAUCAGGAUUACCAAGAACCGUACGACGAAUAUCCAGACUCUUACCAAGAUUCGUUCGAGGAGCAGCGUUACAAGGAGACUCCGACAACGGUGGCCGACAGGAGACAGAGCGAGGUGCCCGAGCUCUCCGUGACCACGCCUAGAGGUCAGACCAGGACAAACGGUUACCAGUCGAGCGAGUCGGAGUAUCUCUACCAGUCUCAAGAAAACGAAGACACGUCGUCAUUGGGCACUUCGAGGAAGAAGAAGCUCAGCGCCAAGCGCGAAACCAGUCCGCUUCUUCAGCAAAACACAGACUCCCUCGAGUCCAGAGACGACGAGCUGAAGGACUCGUUUGAGACCGCCGUGAGCUCCGUUGCCAGCAGUCAGCUCAAGAAAGGAUACAGCGAGUAUUCGACGGCUGGUGACUCGAGUCCCGCAGCCACUACCUUGGUGGAGUCUCCUCCGAACGUCGCUCAAUCUCAGCCGACGAUGGUCAAUCACGUGACGGCCAACCAUGUGACUACCACCGCGAUGAUACACACGAGCAUCGCGAACGGCAAACGACCGUUGGCCAGAACAAACUCCUAUCAGGAGGACAUCAUCGAGGACGAGGAAUAUCCGGAGAUUAUUCCCAAAGAACCUCAGAGAAAAGACUCACAUCAGAGCCAGAUCAGUCAGCACUCGCAACACUCGACGGUCUCGCAGAAGCCGAAGCUGACCAGAGGUGAUUCCUACGCUUCGGACAACUUCCCCGAGGAGUCUUACAGUCGCAGGGAAUCGUACGCACAACUGCCCAGAAAGGAAUCUUUCUCGUCCACUCAGGAAGGCUUCAAGCCGCCACUAACCAGGACCGACUCGUAUCAGCAGAGGGAGCGAAAUUACGGACAGAAUUUCAUCACACCACAGCCUAUUUCCAGAGAGGAGAGUAUGCAACGCGGUCACUUCAAAAAUCAGGAGUCGAUAGAUCAAAGCGACAUCGUUCUCGGUAGCGCGGUGAACGGAGAUUAUCAGAUGCGGGACGAGACUCUUGAUAGGUACGAACGAGGUGAUGACGCCUUGCUUCGUAACUCUCGAGAGGACUCGCUUAUUGACCAAUACAAAGAAACCCCGCCUUUGUCCCAUAUCGAAAGUCCACGCGGGAGCAUAACGAAACAGGCGUCAUUGGAGGAAAGUGUUCAGAUGGACACUCCGCCAAGGAGUCCACCUGAACCGCCACCCGACGAGGAACUACUGGAGAUGGUCGGGGUAGCACCGGUGCCGACGCAGCUGAAAGAACGACCGGAGAUGACGGCGAGGCAACGAUGGCACUGGGCGUACAAUCAGAUCAUCAUGCAAUUAAACAACGGCAGCGGACCGGGCGGCGAAUCCGGCGGACGAGCGAACGGGCAUCCAGGCGACAAUCCUUUCUACAGCACCAUCGACAGCAUGCCGGACAUUCGACCGCGCCGGAAGUCGAUACCAUUGGUUUCCGAGCUGGUCUUGAAGACUAUGGCGGCGACCAAGAGGAACGCUGGUCUCACAUCUGCCGUGCCUCGAGCGACGCUCAACGACGAAGAGCUGAAGAUGCACGUGUACAAGAAAACCCUGCAAGCGAUGAUCUACCCAAUAUCGUCGACCACUCCUCACAAUUUCGUUACCUGGACGGCUACGUCGCCGACCUACUGCUACGAGUGCGAAGGUCUCCUCUGGGGCAUCGCCCGGCAGGGAGUUCGAUGUAUGGAAUGCGGUGUCAAGUGCCACGAGAAGUGCAAGGAUCUGCUGAACGCCGACUGCUUGCAGAGGGCGGCUGAGAAGAGCUCGAAACACGGCGCCGAGGAUAAGGCGAAUAGCAUAAUCACGGCGAUGAAGGAGAGGAUGAAGCAAAGGGAACGAGAAAAACCGGAGAUCUUCGAACUGAUUCGGUCUGUCUUCGGGGUCGACGAAAAGGCGCACGCGGGUCACAUGAUGGCAGUGGAGCAGUCGGUUUUGGACGGUACCAGCAAGUGGUCGGCGAAGAUCGCUAUUACAGUGAUCAGCGCCCAGGGAUUAAUUGCCAAAGACAAGAGCGGCACAUCUGAUCCGUACGUGACGGUCCAAGUUGGCAAAGUAAAGAAACGUACGAGGACCAUGCCGCGGGAGUUGAAUCCAGUCUGGCACGAGAAGUUCUACUUCGAGUGCCACAACUCAUCCGAUCGGAUCAAGGUCCGAGUGUGGGACGAGGACAACGAUCUGAAGUCGAAGCUGAGGCAAAAGUUGACGCGGGAGAGCGACGACUUUCUCGGACAGACCAUCAUCGAGGUGCGGACUCUCAGCGGCGAGAUGGAUGUCUGGUACAAUUUGGAAAAGAGGACGGAUAAGAGCGCGGUGUCAGGCUCUAUUCGGUUACACAUAAGCGUCGAGAUCAAAGGCGAGGAAAAAGUAGCACCUUACCACGUGCAGUACACCUGCCUGCACGAAAAUCUCUUCCACAGUCUGUGCGAGGAGAACGGCGGUAUGGUUAAGCUGCCCGAGGCGCAGGGCGACGAAUCCUGGAAGGUCUACUUUGAUCCUCCUGGCGAGGAGCUCGUCGACGAGUUUGCCAUGCGAUACGGCAUUGAGAGUAUCUACCAGGCGAUGACGCACUUCCACUGCCUCUCAACCAAGUACCUGUGUCCAGGCGUACCGGCGGUUAUGUCGACCCUCUUGGCGAAUAUAAACGCGUACUACGCCCAUACGACCGCGAGUCCGAGUGUGUCGGCCAGUGAUAGAUUCGCCGCCAGUAACUUUGGAAAAGAAAAAUUCGUUAAGCUCCUGGACCAGCUGCACAACUCCCUCAGGAUCGACCUGUCGAUGUAUAGAAACAACUUCCCAGCCUCGAGCCAGGAAAAGUUGAUGGAUCUGAAGAGCACCGUGGACCUGUUGACGAGCAUCACGUUCUUCCGUAUGAAGGUCCAGGAAUUGUCGAGCCCGCCGCGCGCUAGCACCGUCGUGAAGGACUGCGUGAAGGCGUGUCUGCGAUCAACUUAUCAGUUUCUCUUCGAGAACUGUUACGAUCUGUACAAUCGGGAGUUCCAAGCGGAUCCAAAUGAGGCGAAGCGAGACGCGGACGAUCACGGACCGUCGCUUGACUCGCUCGAUUUUUGGCACAAGCUGAUCGCUCUGAUAGUCUCGGUGAUCGAGGAGGACAAGAACAGCUAUGCGCCCGUGCUGAAUCAAUUCCCCCAGGAGUUGAACAUCGGUCAACUGUCGGCGGCCACUAUUUGGUCCAUGUUCGCAGUGGACAUGAAGUAUGCCCUGGAGGAGCACGAGCAGCAUAGACGAUGUAAAUCCUCGGCCUAUAUGAACCUGCACUUUAAGGUCAAGUGGCUGCACGCCAAUUACGUCAAGGACGUGCCGCCGUAUAAGGGCGCCGUGCCGGAAUAUCCGGCUUGGUUCGAGCCCUUCGUCAUGCAAUGGCUCAACGAGAACGACGACGUCUCGUUGGAGUAUCUCCACGGUGCCUUUAGUAGAGAUAAAAAGGAAGGCUUCCAAAAGAGCAGCGAACACGUGCUCUUCAGCGUAUCCGUCGUCGAUGUCUUCACGCAGCUGACACAAUGCUUCGACGUGGUGUCAAAGCUCGAAUGUCCGGACCCGGAGAUCUGGAAGAGAUACAUGAAGAGAUUCGCGAAGACCAUAGUGAAGGUUUUGGUGGCGUAUGCGGAUAUCGUAAAGAAGGAAUUCCCAAGUCAUCUGAAAGAGGAGCGCAUUGCUUGUAUUCUCAUGAACAACAUCCAACAACUUCGGGUGCAAUUGGAGAAGAUGUUCGAAUCGAUGGGCGGCGACAAGCUCGAAGAAGACGCGGCGAAUAUAUUAAAGGAGCUACAGCAACAACUAAACAGCGCUCUCGACGAAUUGGCUAUGCAAUUCGCAAACAGUCUUGAACCGCGAAUAACGCAGUCCGUCAAAGAGCUAGGAGAUCUGUUGUUGGCUAUCAAAGGCGGAGGACAGGUAACUCUGUCACAGCCAGCACAAAGGAACAACGUAACCGCAGAAGCCGACGACGUUUUGAGACCGCUCAUGGUUCUACUCGACGGUAGCCUAUCUCUAUACGCAGAGUCGUGCGAGAAAACGGUAUUGAAGAGACUGUUGAAAGAACUAUGGAAGAUAGUCAUGAGAAUUCUAGAGAAAACCGUCGUUCUACCACCUAUGACGGAUAGAAGCAUGAUGUUCAAGAAUUUGACGGAUAACGCCAAGAAUCUCGCUGCGAACGCCAAGAUAGAAGACAUGUCGAAGCUGUUUAAGAACCACAUGGCUGGGAAACCCGAUGUGAAAAAUGCUCUCAGCGGUGUUAUGGAUAUUUCCAAAGAAGUGGAAAAGAAUCUUUCGCCGAAGCAGUGCGCGGUUCUCGACGUCGCUUUGGACACGAUCAAACAGUACUUCCACGCUGGCGGCAACGGCUUGAAAAAGACAUUCCUGGAGAAAUCGCCGGAAUUGCAGAGCCUUCGUUACGCGCUAAGUUUGUACACGCAAACCACGGACACUCUCAUCAAAACUUUCGUCACCUCACAAGUCAACCAAGUGCCGCUGAACGAUGCAUCAACGCUACGUCAUCGUCAGCGUUCGAUGAGCAGCGAGAGAGGUGACGAAGGGGAAGGAGCCGAGGGUAUGGAAAGCCUCGAGGAACCCCUUCGCCAGAGCAAGCCCUCUCUUCGUCGGGAGAGCCGACAAGUUCCAGAUACCGCCGGUUCGGAUGAGGGUUCGGUGGGCGAGGUCAGUAUUCAAGUGGAUCUGUUUACGCAUCCGGGAACGGGCGAGCAGAAAGUUACGGUCAAAGUUGUGGCAGCGAACGACUUGAAGUGGCAAUUGGCCACGGGUAUGUUCAGGCCGUACGUUGAGGUGAACCUAAUUGGUCCUCACCUCACCGGCAAGAAGAGGAAACAAUCGACGAAAUCGAAGAGCAACAAUUGGUCGCCGCAAUUCAACGAGAGCUUCGACUUUAUGAUCGGUAACGAGCAACAACAACUGGACUUCUACGAGUUGCACAUCUGCGUGAAGGACUAUUGCUUCGCGAGGGAGGACAGACUCGUUGGGGUCGCGGUAAUGCAGCUGAAGGAUAUCGUCGAGGAAGGCUCGUGCGCGUGCUGGUUGUCGCUCGGCAAGCGCAUCCAGAUGGACGAGACCGGCUGGACGAUCCUGCGCAUUCUCUCGCAGCGCAACAACGACGAGAUCGCCAAGGAGUUCGUGAAGCUGAAGAGCGAUAUCAGGCAAGAGACACCGCUGCCGAAUCCCACCUGAGGAGACACGACGCCGCGUUAAUAAGCCGACAGCGAAGCGUUACGAGCACUUCGAGCUUGGAAAGAGCCCGAAGCAGAGGAGAAAAAGAAGAAGAAGGAAAAGGAGAAGCAGGAGGCCGUCCAAAGGGGUUUUAACGUUUGAUGCCUUUGGUGCCACGAGCGAACGAAACCUUUCACGACUAAAUUCCGCGCGAGGGACACGCGAAGAGAUAUAGUAAUUUCCGCGCUAUUCACACGCAUCGCCCGACGAAAACGAUCGCCCGAACCCUCCCGCCUUUCGAGACACAAUCAUCGCGAGGAGGGAUGAGCCUGUAUAGCGACGGGAUCCGAUUUAUCGCGGAGUAUUUUCUCCCUCCGGCUAUUUCUCGCGCCACAGAGUUCGGUCGAACGUGUUUCCUCUCCCUUUUUUACGAAUCACACACAUAACACACACAACACACGUACACACCGAGAGCUUUAGCCCCGUCCCAGGACAGCGACGAUGCACCCGGGAACCAUCAUCUUCCACAGAUCUCGAGUUGGGACGACGAGCUAGGUCAACCCCCGCGUGACUCGGCGUUCGUCCAGCGUAACUACUACAAUAAUGAAGAACGAGGUGGUUUCUUCCACCCCCAGUUAAUUUCAGCGAGUUAAUAAAAUUAAUUCGAAGGAUAUAUAUGUAUAUAUAUAUAUAUAUACAUAUAUAUAUAUAUGUAUAUGUAUAUAUAUAUGUAUAAGCGCGGAGCUCGACAAAACAACGAUGACGAGCGACGCGCUAAAAACAAAAUGCAUAAUAAACACAAAGAGGAUACAUCAGACUCUUCUUCGUACGAGUGCCGCGUAUGAUGAGACGCAAGGAGAAAGAGUGGAGAGAGAAAAAGAGAGAAAGAGAGAGAGACAGAGAGAUAUAUGUAAGAAGGAGAGAGUGCUUCGCGAGACGUAAAAACGCGAAACGUGUAAACAGUGCUGCCAGUACGCAAUAUAUUUGGUAAAAAAUAUUUGUAACGUAAGAUAUAGGACGAGAGAUUAACAGAGCGCGCGAAAAAAACAAAAACUGAGAAGUACGAUUCGCUUCGCGCGAUACGCGACGGGCUCUCUCGAACGGACGCGCCGCGCCGUUCGCCGAAAGACUGACCUCGACAAGGGAGAAAAACGAAAAGAAACGAAGAAACGGUCCACGUGUGAUUGGUCCUUGACCGCGACGCGGCCGCACGUGCUAAAAUAGAGAGCCAAGUCGGAGCACAUACGACAUGUACGCGAAGAAACACUUGCAUAUAUGUACUACAAAAAAAAUUCACACAUACGUACACGUACAAAUCACACAUCUACAUAGCGCACGCAACACGACCGCGUCGUUUCUAGACCGUUUGUUCGGAAGGACGAAGUUUACUGUAGAUACGUGAAAAACAAUUGUUGACGAAGAAGUUUUUUCUAAAUAUACAGUUUAAAUGUAGCAUUGCGUACGACCAAAUAGGCGCGCCCUGUGACGUCACUCAGCGGCGUGCCGUUAGUAAUAUAAAAAGAAAAAAAAGUUAGUAAGGCAUUGUAAUUGUAAAGUAACGUUCUUAUUCGUAUAAGAUUAUACCAGAGAGAGAGAGAGAGAGAGAUGAGAUCGUAAGAGUCUGACUGCUGCUGAACCGCUGUUUGCUAAAUGUUGCGAAUGAUAUGUCCGAGAUCCGCCCGAAAGCUUCGGAAGCUCCGCGCAUUUUAUCAAAAAAACCGUUAUUCUCGCGAGAGAACGACGCGAGAUCGUCACAAUUGUUGACACACGCGAUAUAGAUUCCACACGCCUCCGGAAAAAUAAAAACCCGUUUGUGUGUAAUUUUAACGUAGAGAGCAGAGUAAUAUCAAUUCCCCCGGAUCCGAAAGCGCUGCGAAUCCUUUUUCUACGAGCGAGCGAGCGAGCCUCCAAAACAAAAAGGAAAAAAAAAUUAAACUUUACACUCUUGUAAACCUUACAGCGCUGUCGAUAUCACGACGUCACGUCCGGAUAUAUCGCGGACAUUGUUUUUGUUUUUUUUGUUUAUCAUUAUUCGAGCGAUUAUCCCGAUGUCACAGAUAAUAACACCACACGGAAAAGCUCUUAUCUCCGUAUAUCUUUCCGGACGUCGCUCGUGAUACAAAUCUUUGACAGCGCUGUUCGUAAUCUCUCUCGUAGCGUGUGCGCGAAGUAAUCAUACCGUAGCUUUGAUUCUCUCUCUAGUGAUCGCUGCUUUCUUGCGCGAAGAGACGGCGCGUCUCUCGACGUCCUCUUGAGAGACCGCACAAAAAAGAAAAAAAAACUACUACUAUUACUAUUACCGCAGCUACCGUCUAUUAGCUUCAUCGCAUCUUUGUACAUCUUAAUCUCGUACUUGUACAUAGCGGACGCGUUCGUCCGUUCGUAGAAACGCGUCUAACCGUCUCCGCCGAUUUUUCUUAUCGGGAAAACGUGUUAUAUCGUAUCGGAAGACGAAGACGAGAGGGUGGAACGUCGUCUUAUAAAGAGAGGAGACGUUCGCGCCCUUCUUCGCGCCACGUCUUGCGAUUGCGCGAAGCUUUGGUCGGAUCCCCUCCGUGAGAGAAACACAAUGACGCACGCGACCUCGAAUUCCGAUGAAAUCCAAAGUCAUCGUCCAGCCCGCGCGGAGCGCGGGCAGGUACAACACAACUCCGGAGAUUACGCUAUUAUAUUCAAAAGUUUCUACUACGUAGUACGUCUAGAUUAUACUUACGUAUUGUGUAUAGUGUCUAAACUGCUGAUGUAGCUGCGAGCGCGGGAUUUUCGAUCGAAAGGAACGAAAGAGAGAGAAAAAGAGACGAAAGCCCCCCCCUCAAAAAAAAAAACCAAACCAAUCCGAUUGUCUCACAGCUGCAGGUGUUUCCCUGAACGAAUGAUUUGAGUAUACGAAAUUGCGUGACACAAAUUGAAGGACCUUUGCGCAACAACGGUCGAGUCCGCUUGAUUAAAAACUUGAGAAAAUGAAGAAGCUAAUUAUGAGACAUUAGCAUUUUAAUAUAAUUAGCAUUAAUUUGAUUUAUAGAUGAAUAUCUCGCAUCUGUUAUAUAAGUUUAGAUCAAUUUGCUCAAGUUCUUAAAAAAGUUUUUCGUCCGCCAGUUCACAAAAUACUUGCAAAAUUCCGCUGUUUCGACGGUUCAAAAAACCGUUUUCCUUUUGUUUCUGUUUUUUUCCGAAACACUUGCAUCUGUGUAUAUAUUUGUCGUGAGUUGUAAAUUCGAGCAAAUGGGAAUGAAAAACACGGGUCCGCGACCUCGCUACCAUCUUCAUUUGUAAAGUGUCUAUUUUCUCCGCUGCCUAACUAAGUACAUUAUUGAAUACGAAAAGGGCUGGCGAAUUCGGCACUCAGAUCGGCCUCGUCGACGGGUACAUCCGGACGAUUAUCUCCGAUUACUCUCUCCGUUUUCCGACCUACGAACUUCGGAUCGUGCAUCGUAUAAAUAUAAAUCGCCAUCGCGAUCGUCGACGGGGUCGGCCGCCAAUUUUUCCUCCUACUCUCCGCUUCGAUUAAUAUCUUGUAAGCUUAAAUGAAAAAAAAAUAUCUCGUGUAUUCUGUGAUAAUUACCCCUUAAAGAGAACACUAACAAGUUACAUUUUACACGCACAAAUACACACACACACACACAUACACAUGAAGGAGAACCGUAGAUGGAAUCCGUGCAUACGGAAGAAAGAAAUUUAUAUAUAUGGAAAAACAGGACAAACAUGACAUAAAUAGAUACGAUGCCAUUAACACUGAUCCCAAACAUAGUAACAGUAUUUUUCUUCUUUGAACACGUUCUCAUAUUUCUAUUCUCUGUAAUCAUUAAAACGUCCGAGGAGUCUCGUCGAGAGAGCAACGGAAAAGAAAGAGAACGAAAGAGAUUUAUAUACAUAUAUAUAUAAACUUAUAUGUAA